AUGUCGAGCCGUGUCCGGAAGCACAACGAACCGAUGAAGGCAUUCGUGCCCGUCAGUUCCCUGCUGCUGCGUGGCACCGGUUCGAUCCAUUGCAGUGGCGGAAGCGGGGCCACGAGUGCCAGUGGCCAGCAAACCGUCAGCCCCAGCGGAAUGAGCCACGGCCACGCCGAGGCCACGUACUGCACCGGUGGAAAGUCUCUUUCGGCCACCUUGUCACCACCCGCACGCCACAUCUCGCCGGAACAUGCAAUCUGCGGCAACCGGAGUCCCGGUGCCCUGACGGGCAAAGGUAAAAUUCUUAAUCUCAAUGAGGGUUGCAUUCGACGGACGGCAUCGCUGGAUGCACUCUAUCUGCGGCCGGCGCCCGCCUGGAGCCUGGUCACUCCUACGCUCCUGCAGUUCGACAAGGCGACGCAAACGGAGGAAUCAUUUCUGGAGCGAGCCCGCGGCUGUCUGCUAUCGACCGCCCACGGCUCACCGGCAGCCACGGGCACCGAGGGCGGCCUUCCUUCCUGUUCGUCCACUUCCUCGUCGCCGAUCAUCACCCGUACCGAGGCGACGACCCCGACUGAUCUGAAGAUGGAAAAAGUGAUAAGACAAAGACUGCAGCGCACCCAUCGUGGCGAACAUUCCGUUAGCUCCCAGACGCUUAGCCCCAACAAUGCGAAAGCAAGCCCAGUGUCGAUACCACCACGUACCUGUCCGCCCGUGCACAUGCGACCGAUGCGCAACUCCGUCGAGGGUUUGAAUCAGGAGAUAGAGAAGCUGGUUCUCUACCCUGGCCAGCAGCACAGCUGCCGAUCGGAGCUCGAGAUGUACUCACGCGGAACCCCCGAGGGACACCGGGCACCGUUGGCGGACCUGUUUCACGCAUCCGGUACCGUUUCAUUGGUCGGAGGACUCGGAGAUACCCGGUCGGUCAACACGCAGACACCGCUCGGCGAUACGCUUUCGUCCGACGACGGAAGCCAGAGCACUUCACCGGACGAGGGCACCGUGACGACCAGUGCAUCGCCUAGGAUCAACAAAUUCCUUGCCCGCGAACCACCGGAUGGUUGUGAAAAGGUUAGUCUCAAGCUCACCGAAGCCGAUACCAGUACAAACACGGCAUGCUUCAAACCGUGCACCACCGCAUUCCAGCUGAAGCCAUCGCUGGGCUCAGCGUUUCAACCACUGCAGCCGUUGCCGACGCUCAAGACAACACCGGAAGCCGACGAUGACGAAGCUGACGCCGAGGGUACCAUCGGUGCUGCAGUCGCUGGGAACGCUGAUUAA